AUGUUCGCACCUCGUGUUGGAGUUGCUUCUCUGCGGCGCUUGAUCGCACCCCGCACAGUGGCAGGCGGUCUGCGCUGGAAGUCUGCACUAGUUUCAGCAGUUCCCACGGAUCCGGAAGCUUACGUCAGCAACAAGCUGGCCAUGUUCGACUCGAUGCAGUUCACACCAAUUCGUGAGAGCACGGUCAGCCGUGAGAUGACACAGCGCUACAUGUCGGAGAUGCUGGAUUAUGCGGAGACGGACGUGGUCAUCGUGGGCGCUGGCUCAGCGGGGCUUUCGUGUGCUUACGAGCUGACAAAGCAUCCCGACAUCAAGGUGGCCAUCCUGGAGCAGAAUGUCGCUCCUGGUGGGGGCUGCUGGUUGGGGGGGCAACUGAUGAGCUCCAUGGUGGUGCGUAAACCAGCCGACGAGUUCUUGGAUGAGUUGGAGGUCCCCUACGACGACCAAGGCGACUACGUGGUCGUCAAGCAUGCGGCCCUGUUCAUGUCCUCCGUCCUCCGCAAGGCGUUGAUCGCCCCGAACGUGAAGCUCUUCAAUGCCGUUGCCGUGGAGGACCUGCUCGUUAGGCAGGAGCCGGAGAGCGUGGCGGUCCGGGGUGUCGUUACCAAUUGGUCCCUUGUCACGCAAAACCACGACACGCAAUCUUGCAUGGACCCGCAGGUCAUGGAGGCGAAGGUGGUGGUGACGGCCACCGGCCACGACGGGCCCAUGGGCGCGAGCUCUGCGAAGCGCCUUGAAUCUCUCGGUGCAUUGCCCUCGGGGCUCCCGGGCAUGGGCGCCUUGGAUAUGAACACUGCCGAGGAUGCCGUGGUGCAGAUGACCAGUGAGGUCGUUCCUGGCUUGAUCUUUGCUGGAAUGGAGGUGGCCGAGGCGCGAGGAUGCAAUCGGAUGGGGCCAACGUUUGGCGCAAUGCUCCUCUCGGGGCAGAAGGCGGCGAACUUGGCCAUUCAGGCUUUGAAGCGCUCCAAAGCCUAG